CAAACAAAUUUAAAGGAAAGAAAAAACUGAUAGCCACUAUUGUCAGUCUUUGGUUUUUAUGUCUUUCGUCAAUGGAAGACUAGACUUUGCCAAUUACAGUUGAGUCAACUCCCACUCCUACCAACACGCCACUCCUAUAAACUUCUUUCUUUCUCUAAUCUUUUCCACGAAACAAACCUCCUCUCCCUCAUUACUUCAUUCCCAAUUUCUUGUGUUCUUAAUUAUGUGUUUUCUCACCUGAAACCAAAUAAACAAAUAUAUAUACUUUACAUAUAUAUCUGCAUAUGUAUAACUAAUAGAUUAGAGGUCGAGAGAUUUUUGUUUCUGCUUAGCUAACAGAACAAAUGACCAAUUUCGGUUUCAGAAACUCUCUUCGUUACCUUUUGUUAUGUUUCUUUUUUUUAUUUCCUAUGAUUUUCUCUCAACUACCCCCAACCCAACUAUCAUCCAUGAACACUCUUUAUCAGUAUCUCAACACUAGUCUUUCAUGGAAUAGUAAUAAACAGUCAAGCCCAUGUUCAUGGAAGGGAGUGACAUGUAACCCCACCAAUUCUUCUGUACUUAAAAUUUCUCUAUCUGGGUUUUCUCUUUCUUCCUCAGAUUUUCUUCCUGCUGUCUGCCAAAUUGGUUCUUUGCAGGCUUUUGACGUGUCCAACAACCGUUUGAGUAAAGUUCCAGAAAAGUUCAUGACUGACUGUGGAAAACUGGAGGGACUGCGUCUACUGAAUUUUAGCAGAAACAGGUUGGAUGGUUCUUUACCUUUGUUUGUUGGUUUUGCGGGGUUGGAGGUCUUGGACUUGUCUUUUAAUGAUUUUAGUGGUAGCAUUAAUGUAGAGUUUGAAGGCUUAGAUGGUCUUAAAAGCUUGAAUCUUAGUUAUAACAAGCUCAAUGGUUCCAUUCCUACAAAACUUGGAAAGUCCAAGGUUUUGAAGGAGCUUGUGCUUUCAGUGAAUAAUUUCCAAGGUCCCAUCCCAGAAGAAAUGAUUGAUUAUGGGAAUUUGACACUGGUUGAUCUUAGCCAAAAUAGGAUUUCGGGGUCUAUUCCUAACAGAAUUGGUGACCUCUCAAAGUUAAAGAUUUUGAUUCUCUCUAGCAAUAAUCUAAGUGGAAAAAUCCCAGUAAGCCUUUCAACUAUCCCAACUCUAUCACGAUUUGCUGCAAAUCUAAACCAUUUUUCUGGUACAAUCCCCAGUAGUAUUACCAAAUUUCUCAAAAAUUUGGAUUUAAGCUAUAACGGUUUAUAUGGCUCAAUUCCUAUAGACCUCCUGUCACCAACAAAUUUGCAAACUGUGGAUUUGUCAUUUAAUGAUUUGGAUGGAUCAUUUCCUACAAACAUUUCUCCUAGCUUGGUCAGGUUGAGGCUGGGGAGCAAUAAACUCAAAGGGAAAAUUCCUUCUGUCAACUUUUCAACACUUAAGGAACUGACAUACUUGGAGCUGGACAACAAUCAUUUUUAUGGAUCGAUUCCUCUAGAAUUGGGUUCUUGCAGGAGUCUGGCACUCUUAAAUUUGGCUCAAAACAACCUGACUGGGCCUUUGCCUAGCCAGCUGGGCAAUCUUACAAUGCUUCAAGUCUUAAAACUGCAAUUAAACAAUCUCUCUGGUGAAAUCCCAGAGCCAGUUUCCCAACUACAGAGUUUAUCAGUCCUAAAUAUAAGCUGGAAUUCUCUAAGUGGUCAAAUACCAUCUUCUAUCUCCAACUUGCAACACCUUGUUAACCUCAACCUACAAGGCAACAAGCUUAAUGGUUCCAUACCAAAUACCAUGAGUACCAUGAAUAGCCUUUUGGAACUCCAGCUUGGAGAAAACCAACUGAGUGGAUACAUUCCAAAAAUGCCACCAAAUUUGCAGAUCGCUUUGAAUCUUAGUAGCAAUCGUUUUGAAGGACCUAUUCCACAAACUCUUACGGGACUUUCUGGAUUAGAAGUGUUGGAUAUCUCGGACAACAAUUUCUCAGGUGACAUUCCAGAAUCAUUUACGAGAAUGGGAUCCUUGACACAAUUGUUGCUUUCAAACAAUAACCUCUCUGGAGUAAUUCCAAAAUUUAAUUCUUGGGUCAUGGUUGACACAAAAGGAAACGGGAAUUUGAUUAAUGUUACAGAGCCAACAACUUCACAUCCAUCUAGGAAAAAAAUCUCAGUGGUUGUAGUAAUUCUUUUAGUUUUGGCUUCUGUAUUUUCUGUUGGAGCAACUUUCGUCUUCACUCUGUUACUUUUCCGACGAUAUGGAAGGGUUGCUGAUGAACAGUUACAACCAGUGGAAGAUGUACCCCUCCCUCAGGUUAUUCAGGGAAAUUUAUUAACCUCAAAUGGAAUCCACAGAUCAAAUAUUGACUUCACCAAGGCUAUGGAAUCAGUUGCUGACCAAGCUAACAUUGUGAUGAAAACUAGGUUCUCAACCUACUACAAAGCAACUAUGCCUUCGGGGUCAAGCUACUUUGUCAAGAAGCUCAAUUGGAGUGAUAAGAUAAUUCACUGGGGCAACCAUGAUAGAUUUGGAACAGAGAUUGAGGUCUUUGGGAAACUGAGCAAUUCCAAUGUCAUGACUCCUUUGGCCUAUGUUUUAUCUGCUGAGAAUGCUUAUCUCUUCUAUGAGUAUUCCUCAAAGGGCACCCUUUUCGAUGCUCUUCAUAGUAGCUCAGGAUGUGAUAUGGACUGGGCGAGUAGAUACAGUAUAGCAGUGGGAGUAGCUCAAGGUCUUGCUUUUCUUCAUGGAAUUUCCUCUGGUCCAAUGCUCCUGCUUGACUUAUCAAGCAGAAGUGUCUUUCUAAAGUCCAUGAAAGAGCCUCAAGUGGGAGAAAUUGAGCUCUACAAGAUUAUUGAUCCAUCAAAGAGCACCGGAAGUAUUUCCACUGUGGCUGGUUCAGUUGGCUACAUCCCUCCAGAGUAUGCAUACACAAUGAGAGUGACAACAGCUGGAAAUGUUUACAGCUUUGGAGUAAUUUUGCUUGAGCUGCUAACAGGGAAACAGGCAAUGAGUGAGGGGACUGAGUUAGCUAAGUGGGUAUUAAGUAACUCGGUUGAAGAAGAUAAAUGGGAGAACAUGCUUGAUUUUAGCAUCAGUAGAACUUCAGUCUUAGCCAAAAAGCAAAUGCUUGCUGUACUAAAGGUUGCUAUUGGUUGUGUUUGUGUAUCGCCAGAAGCUAGGCCAAAGAUUAAGAGUGUUCUACGCAUGAUUCUCAAUGCAAGAUAGGUGUGAGAGAUUCCAUUUUAAUCGAGUCAAAAGUAAGUACGUAUACGGUUUUGCAUGUAAAAUAGUAAUGUGAUGAGUUUGUUUAGUUCUCUACUAGAUUAGAAGUGGUCAAAAUUUGUUGUUGCCUUUUUGGAGUAUUAUUACAUCAUUAUAUUUAUUAAUAUAUAUAUAUAUAUAUUUAUAUAUUCUAGCAAAUGAAAAGAGGAAAAAUGUAAAGUAAAGGAAUGUGAACGAGUUUUAUUUAUGUUAUUAAUUAGUAAAACAACAACAAUGAUAGGAACAAUUUAAACUUGAA